AUGGAUUAUUUCACUGACAAUUCAUCCAUGUCAACACUCUCUACAUCAACGACGUCUUUUGCAAACCAAACGAAACCCUCUUGGUGGCACAGAGCUCGUACCUCAAACAGUAGAGACAUGUUGGUGUAUGGUGCAGUCAUUCCAUGCCUGCCUGCUCUUGUGUUGGAUAAAUUUCAUGGCACACCAAAAGACAUUGGAUUCUUGUUUGGAUGUUUUGCCUUUGGGUAUCUAGUGGCUACUCCUCUAUUCGGUAUCCUAUCCGACAAGUGUCAGAACAGACGUUAUGGAUUGAUGCUAGGUACGUCCUGCAUCAUCAGUUCAACGCUACUCUUUGCCUGGGCCUCCAGCUACAGGAUGCUAGCAAUAGCAAGAGUGUGUCAAGGCGCAUCAGCUGGUGCUUCGUGGACCAUUGGGUUAGGUAUGCUGGCUGAUGCGUUUCCCGUGGAUCGAUUGGGUAGAGCCAUGGGCACAGUGAUUCUGUCACAUACAGUAGGGUUUUUAUUGGGUCCUGUGAUGGGUGGAUUUCUAUACGAUUAUGGAGGAACACUGGCACCCUUCUACUUUUGUGGUAUAUUUGGCUUAAUGACAUUGGUAGGCACUGUGUGUAUAGCAGAACCGAUCAAGAUCCAUGAUCAACCCAUGGACGCUGCCAAGCAACCAGUUCAAAAAGCAGCAGCAGUGGAUGAAUCAGCACCGCUCUUAUCGUCAGCAACAUCCUCGUCCUCGUCUACCUCCACAGUGGGUUCUUUACAACAGAAGCAAUCCGCCGGAAGACAAUUAUUCAACCUGAUCUCUAACCCUCACAUUUCAGCUUGUUUAUUAUGCUGCUUUGUCACUUCGGCUGCAUUAGCAGGCAUUGAGCCAGCGUUGCCCAUUUAUCUCGAACAUCAGUAUCAUGUUUCAACAUCUACCAUAGGAGUUAUAUUCAUUGCACUUGUUGUACCAUCAUUCCUUGGUCCAGUGACAGGAUACAUGUCGGAUAAGUUUGGAAGGCCUUUGUUUAUAAGCAUUGGCAUGGUCCUCAUGUCAAUUGCCUCAGUCCUGGUUGGUGUGCCUGUUUCUUCAUACAACUACAUACUACCCUCAUUAUGCCUGUUUGGUAUGUCGAAUCCGUUGAUCCACACACCCUUGAUGCCUGAAAUGGGAGCAACUGUAACUGAAAUGGUACUCUAG